CGCCAGACAGGUGGAAGAUUUGCUCGUUUCAAAUAUAUAGCUCGUACUGCGCAGACAUUCCUGAAGGCCACAGAUCAUUUCCCCCUUGUUUCUUGCCGCUAUGUCUCUCCCACCACACCUCUGCGUCCCCAUCGACAUCCUCGUGAUUGAUAAUUUUGAUUCCUUCACCUGGAAUCUCUACCAGUCGCUUUGCCUUCUGGGUGCCGAUGUCACAGUAAUCAGAAACGAUGCUAUUCCCGCCUCUGCCAUUCCUCAGCUUCGCAUGAAGCGUCUCAUAGUCUCUCCGGGGCCCGGUCACCCUCACUCAGACUCUGGUAUCUCGCGCGAGGUGAUCAAGUAUUUCGCGGGAAAGAUCCCGAUUAUGGGUGUCUGCAUGGGUCUUGAAUGCAUUGUAGAUGUUUUUGGAGGAGAGAUUGCCUACGCCGGAGAGAUCAUGCACGGCAAAGUUAGCGGGAUCCGCCAUGACGGCCGUGGAUGCUUUAAGGGCAUCCCGCAAGGCAUCCAAUCCACGCGUUACCACUCUCUGAGCGCGAGUAUCAAGACCCUUCCCGACGAGCUCGCUGUCACCGCUGUCACCGAGCAGAGCGGAGUCAUCAUGGGUGUCCGCCACCGAAAAUACACCGUAGAAGCUGUCCAAUAUCACCCCGAGAGUAUCCUCUCAGAGUCUGGAGACGAUCUCCUGCGAAAUUUUAUGAAACUCCAGGGCGGCACGUGGGAGGAGAACGCUGAGUUCCGAGUCUUGGAUUCGUCGCUUCCUCCCUUUGAAGCCGGCGUUCUGCCACCAGCACCUACGUCUGCGAAGGUUCCUACCAUCCUUGAGAAGAUUUGUGCACAGCGCCAGAAAGAUAUCGAGCAGGCGAAGGUGGCCCCGGGAAUCAAGCCUGAGGAUCUGAAGACCCUUCUAUCGAUGAAGUUGUCGCCUCCGCAGAUCUCCUUCCCCAACCGACUCAGGGCCGCUGAAGUCAAGCCCGCCCUGAUGGCGGAGGUCAAGCGAGCUAGCCCGUCCAAGGGCCCGAUCGCUAUGAACGCGAAUGCCGCACAGCAGGCUCUCACGUAUGCGCUUGCUGGCGCGUCGGUCAUCUCGGUCCUCACGGAGCCCAGUUGGUUCAAGGGAUCCCUCUUAGAUAUGAGGCUCGCACGCCAGGCCAUCGAUAGUCUGCCCAACCGCCCUGCCAUUCUCCGUAAGGACUUCAUCAUCGACGAGUAUCAAAUCGACGAAGCUCGCCUUCAUGGCGCAGACACAAUCCUACUCAUCGUUGCCACCCUCACUGAGAAGCGUCUUGAGGAAUUGUACGCCUACUCUCAGUCACUCGGCAUGGAGCCUCUUGUCGAGGUCAACAAUGCUAAGGAGAUGGAGAUCGCGCUCAAGCUUGGUUCCAAGGUCAUCGGCGUCAACAACCGGAAUUUGCAUGACUUUAAUGUCGACAUGGGCACGACCACGCGCCUCGCUGAGAUGGUUCGCGAGCGCGACGUCAUCCUCUGCGCGCUCAGUGGUAUCAAGGACUCGAAGGACGUUAAAAUGUACGUUGAGCAGAGUGUUGGCGCCGUUCUCGUCGGCGAGUCGCUCAUGCGGGCAUCCGACACCCGCGCUUUUAUUCGCCAGCUGCUCAGCAUUCCCGAACCCGAGGCAGAGGGCAGAGGCAAGGAGACUGCUCCCCUCGUUAAAAUCUGUGGUAUCCGUACGGAGGAAGAAGCCCUCGCUGCGGCGGAGGCCGGUGCGGACAUGCUCGGCCUUAUGUUCGUACCUAAGAGCAAGCGUUACGUCUCGCUUGAGAAAGCACAGCAGAUCGCGUCUGCUAUCCACUCGCGCCGGCUCUCCAAGCCUGUCAUAACGUCGGAUGAAAGACUAGAGAACGAACCUUGGUUCACUGCGCACGCCAACCGGCUCCGGGCAGCCUUGGCCGGUGAGUCGCCUGCCCGUCCCUUACUGGUCGGCGUCUUCCAGAACCAGCCGCUCUCGGUCAUCCUCGACGCUGUCGCCUCCGCGAAGCUCGACCUCGUUCAGCUGCACGGCUCCGAGCCCGCCGAGCUCUCGAAGCACAUCCCGGUGCCCGUCAUCCGCGCGUUCCAUGUGGGCGCGGACGGCCGCGGGCUAGACGACCUCGCGCGACCGGGCCUCAACAGUUUCGUGCUGCUUGAUGCGGUGCUCCCCGGCAGCGCGAACGGCCUCAGCGGCGGCACGGGCACGAAGAUCGACUGGGAGCUUGCGCAGAGUGUCGUCCGCAAGGGCGAGAUCGGUGCCGCGAGGUCUGCGCAGGAUAACGGGCCCGCACUGGGCCUGCACAACGGCGAGGCGUUGUACCCGAUGCCGGUCAUCCUUGCCGGAGGGCUCACCCCGGAGAAUGUCGCGGAGGCGGUCGACGUUGUCGCACCCUGGGCGGUGGAUGUGAGCGGUGGUGUCGAACUCGGGGAUGGGUCGGGCAAGGACCUCGAGAAGGUUCGGGCUUUUGUCAAGGCUGCCAAAAAGCUUUGAAGGGUGCGUAACUUGUUGUAAGGUGUAUCUAUUUCACACUGUAGAUUUUAAGAUGUAAAAAUGACGGUACGGUCUCUACUAAAACUGUGAAGUUGGUUCGCA